AGUGAUGCCCGCAAAGAGAGAUCUUACCUCGCAGUCUCCGUUUGCAGAGUUUCCUCGGAAGGUUACGUAAUGUACUCUUAAAAGCGUUGCGUGACUUCGAACGGUUUGUGACCUCCUUGCCUCGCCCCAAUUCCUUAGAGCCUCUUGUACGAUUGAGCAAGUCACCAUUUUGCUGACUGUGGUGAAAUAUUCUUGUCUUUGCGAAAUGGACGACUCUAUGUACUUGGUUUUUUCGGCACUUUUGGCGUCAGUUAUUGUUUGGCUUUUAAAUCCAUUUCAAAGACUCCACAAGUUAUGGAGUUAUUCCACAGGAGACAGUCGUGUGCGAGCUAAUCUUCCAGAUGAAGUACGCUCGUUCGACGAGAUGCCUGGCCCAAAGGGAUGGCCUAUCAUAGGUGACAUGCUAAGCUUUCUGCGAAAAUCUGAGUUCAAAGAUAUUGUGGCUGAGCUAAAGGACUCGUUUGCUAAGUACGGUCCUGUUUUCAAAAGGAAUCUAAUGGGAAAAGCAGUGGUUUACGUAAAAGACCCCAAGGACAUCGAGGUUGUCAUCAAAGCGGAUGGAAAACAUCCCAUGCGACCUUCAUCUGGGGUAAGCACGGCGGUGAAUCGGUACAGGAAAAGCAGAAAACUCCCAAACGGGCUAUUUGGAUUGAACGGCGAGGAAUGGAACAGAGUUCGCAAGGCUUUAGCGUCAAAAAUGCUUCGACCGAAAGACAUUCGAGAUAACCUGGAAAAUUUUAAUGGAGUUACAAGGGAUGCUAUAGAACAUAUGGUGUCAGUGCGGGAUGCAGAUGACAUAAUUCCGAAUCUCGAGGAGGAACUCGCCAAGUGGGCGACAGAAUCUGUGGGUACAUUGGCAUUCGAUGUAAGAGUUGGCCUUUACGAUGACCCACCCAACAAGGAGACAGUGAAGAUGAUCAAGUCGAGCUCAGACGCCUUUUCCCUGAUGGGAAAACUGAAUAGAGGAUGGGAAAGUUUCAUCCUCCACUUCAUGACGACACCCACUUACUUGAAAUUUUGUAAAGCUCAAGACACCUCCAUAGGUAUUGGUCAGAGCAUAGUGGACCAAAAGAUUAUGGAAUUGAAGAAAGCGGCCGGAGACGAUGAAGCUUUUUGCAAGGAUCAGGCUAAAAUCACGAGAAAUAUACGGGACACCAAUAAAGAGUAUAUAGAUAUUUGGAGUGGUAAAGAACGAUCAUCUUCAGAAGACAAGAUGUGUUCUUUCACUAAGUUUUGGAACGGCGAGGAAUGGAACAGAGUUCGCAAGGCUUUCGCGUCAAAAAUGCUUCGACCAAAAGACAUUCGAGAUAACCUGGAAAAUUUUAAUGGAGUUACAAGGGAUGCUAUAGAACAUAUGGUGUCAGUGCGGGAUGCAGAUGACAUAAUUCCGAAUCUCGAGGAGGAACUCGCCAAGUGGGCGACAGAAUCUGUGGGUACAUUGGCAUUCGAUGUAAGAGUUGGCCUUUACGAUGACCCACCGAACAAGGAGACAGUGAAGAUGAUCAAGUCGAGCUCAGACGCCUUUUCCCUGAUGGGAAAACUGAAUAGAGGAUGGGAAAGUUUCAUCCUCCACUUCAUGACGACACCCACUUACUUGAAAUUUUGUAAAGCUCAAGACACCUCCAUAGGUAUUGGUCAGAGCAUAGUGGACCAAAAGAUUAUGGAAUUGAAGAAAGCGGCCGGAGACGAUGAAGCUUUUUGCAAGGAUCAGGGUGUGCCUCUACUGACCUACCUGAUAACAAAAGGCGAACUUACACCACAGGAGAUCAACACACAAUCAAUUGGGAUGUUUAGAGCAGGAGUAGAGACGACGUCCACUGGACUGCAAUGGCUCCUUUACGAUCUGGCCCGUAAUCCGAAGGUGCAGGAGAAGGUGUAUGAAGAAGUGACCUCUUUAAUUGGGCCCCAUGGAGAUUUUACCCCCGAGAGCUUUGCGAAGUUGACGUACAUCAAAGCUUGUGUCAAGGAGAGUAUGAGAAUGCACCCUGCUGCUUCCGACUGGGGACGUAUUCUUAGCCAAGAUGUGGUUCUCUCUGGUUACCAUGUACCAUCUGGUACAAUCGUGGUAUAUUCCAAUUAUCUUUCUGGGCUCUCGGAUGAGUUGUUCAAAUGUCCUCUGGAGUUCAGACCUGAACGUUGGUUAAACGAAGAUUUGGGAAGAGCUCAUCCAUUUGCCACUUUGCCAUUCGGAGUUGGACCACGCAUGUGCAUUGGCCGUCGCAUCGCUGAGGCUGAAAUAUAUCUUUUGGCAACAAAGCUGGUGCAACGAUUUGUCCUGGAAUAUCACGGUGAACCAGUCAAUAUGAAGUUUAGACUGCUGUGUGUUCCUGACAAACCACUGAAGAUAAAAUUUAUUGACCGGGCGUAACUUGCUUAACGCGAUGUUCGUCCCCGUUGUUGUAAACGAAAAAUAGCCGGUUUUAUCUUAGGGUAUCGGCGGGAUAUAUCUCAUAAAACAGGUCGUUUUAAAAAAAAGAGUCUGAAUGUGAAAUCAUGUCGAGGAGUUUAGCUUUUUAUUUCUGUUUCAUUAGUUUUGUUUUUAUCGUUGUUGUUGUUGUUGUUGUUAAAACCAAGGCAAACCCUUUGACAAAUGUUGACUUAAAGUUACGCCAUAAAUGAAUACUUGAAUUGACCACAAAAAAUCAAAGAACUAAUAUAUAUUAAAUCAAAAUGCAA